AGCACCUUGCCACACAGGUACCUGGGUGAAGCGCUGGGCGGUGCCAGGAGGUAGAGGUUGGCACCAGCGAACGGAAGCAGCUACGCUUUAGGGAAUAAUUUAAGCAGACGGCAUUCGUUACGGUAACACACAGCGCUGCUGGUGCCCGUGGCGUCUUUUCAAGUGACAGGGCGGCCAAUGGGAGAGCAGGUAGCGCCGUACUGUAUUAGUGGGAGGGUGGUUGGCAGGUCCGGGGUUCCAUCCAGCCGGAGGCAGUGACGUGUGACAGGCGCCCUCUCCCUGCUACCUGUGCACCAGCGAACAGCACCUGGACCGCACACUGCAGCAGCGCCUCUACACUGCCACCGCCACCCAAUAGCUGCAGCCAUUACCUGUAUCGCAAGCCACUGCCUAAGCCACCUGCACGCACUGUACAGCAUCUUCCCCGAGUACACUGGAGCUCCUCUGGUUAAGCAGAAUGCGUUGGAUAAACCCCGUGCUGGCAUCUCACUGCCUGGAUCUGUAGCCAUCUGGACCUGUUGCUGGUUUCGGUCCUCCCACUGGGUCAAAGAAGAUCUCAGAGGAACCUGUUGCACCACAGAGACUUCCACAGACCUUGAAAAAGAAGCAUCUGAACUUGUGUAAAAAAACAAGGCUAAGAAGUCCAACAUGGCUGAAAGCACCACUGGGAAGAGCACUACCAGCUGGUUAAAAUCCCUAACCAUUCGUAAAAAGCCCAAGGAAGUUUCCUCGUACACCGGGUCUGUUUCGGCAGAGACCACAGAGGAUAGAGCAUGGGGAAGUACAUCUACAAUAAGCUCUUCGCCUGGCUCAAGAGAAAAUCAGCACCCCAACUCUAUGCAUAGCGGAGGAACAGAUUACAAUGGGGACACCAAGACAGACAGGAUGUUUAGUGAGAAAACUGGUCGCAGAAACCUCAAGAUCUCUCGUUCUGGACGUUUUAAGGAGAAGAGGAAAGUACGUGUUAGCUUACCGGAAAGCCCUAAGUUUUUUCAAGAGAAUCCAUCUAAUGCAAAUGACGAGAGGCAGUGAGCUAUAGUAAAGCUCUCAAUUGGGCUUCCGUCCGUGGUAGGAAACCUGUACCUUUUUAAAAAGAAAAAAAUGAAGUCUUGCAAUUUUUUUUAAAAUGGAAAAAUCAACCACUGGUCUGGGCAAACACUAAAUUCAGUGUUCUUAAUCUAGUCUCAUGAGUGAUGGCAUCCCUUUACUAUUUUAAUUACUACAGUGAUGCAUGUAUUGAAGAAGUGAUACAUCCUAUAGGAUAACUUUGUAAAGACUUGUACGAAGGUGGACCAUGUCUUAAAAAAGAAAUACAAACAAGGAGACGAGUAAUUGGUGCUAAAUGUUAGCAUCUCCUCAUUCUAAAUAGGACUAUUUGUUUGCUUAAUGGAGAUUUCAGCUGAACCCCUUUCUGGAUGAAGAUCUAUUUUUUUUUUUUGAUAAUAUGUAACAAUUGAAGUGUCAAUUGCAUAUUGUAAACAAUUCAUGAUUUAAGUCUCCAUAAAAUAUUUAUUUCUUGAAAUAAGAGUAGGCUUGUAGCUAUAGGGCUGAUUUUAUUAUUUGUCUUAAUGUUUUAACAGAACUAUUUCAUGGAUGGAAAUCCAUGAAUUAGGUCUAGUAUUUGUUUUGUGAGGGGCAGAUAUUCACUGCUUGAAGAGCCACUGGCCAGAAUAAUUUGUCCUGAUUUAGAACUUUUGUAAUGAUUCCCCUUUAUCAAAUGCACUUUGACCUGGAAUACGUUUUCUAACUGUUUUAAGGGGAGGCAACUUUUUUAUAUUGAAAAAUCUAUUGAUCAAAUAUUUUGUAAUUGAUAUUCAUAUGAAGGCAAAAAUGUAAUGCUACUGGCUUAAUGAAUAUUAAAAUACUACAAAUGCAAACAAGAA